CACCCAACUUCGUGAUAUUUUCUCUCUGCGUGGGAAUCCUCGUUUUCCUCGGGAGUGAAUUAAAGACAGAGGGCAGCAGAGCUCCUAAACCCAACUGCUCGGGAUGUGUUCGGCACUGAGGAGUUUCUGAUACUCUCCAGCCGUCUGAGGAGGAUUUGCAUGGCUUUACAACUCACGCGGUAAGACUUUCUGCGCUUCUUCAAUCGCUGCGCAGUAGCGCGUCAAGGAAAGUUAGGGACACUUUGCGCGCAAAGCGACUCCAUUUUUGGAUUGUUAUUCCGAUGGUUGACAAGUCGUUGGAUGAGGAGGUGAGCAUGCUGUAAUACAUGAAGAUGCGCCAGAGGUCGUGGCUCUUUAAAUGGCUGGGAAUAGGCAUUGGCGUUCUUCUGCUCACCGCUGCUAGCUAUUCUCAAGAUUCAGAAGACUGGCAGUAUGAGGAGUGCAAGCUCUCCAGAACAGGCCCGCCUGCAACCAUUGUAGCCAUAGAUGAGGAGAGUCCUAAUGGAACACUUCUGGUGGAGAACAUGCAGAUAAACGGGAGAGCGGAAGACCCUGACAGGACCAUCUCUUUAUCUCUACGGGACAACCGUGACUACUGGGUCAUUCUGGACUCGGUCAAGCAACGCCUCUAUCUCAACAGCACUGGACGAGUUCUUGACCGAGAUCCUCCCUCCUACAUUCAGUCCAUUGUGGUGCAGGUUCAGUGUACUAAUGAGCUUGUUGGCACGGUGAUCCUACACGAGGUGCGGAUAGUCGUACGGGAUCGAAAUGACAACACCCCACGCUUUCAGCAGCCGCGCUACUAUGUAGCGAUUAAUGAGCUAACGCCUGUCGGAACCACCAUCUUCUCAGGUUUUACAGGGAACAAUGGGGCUGUUGACAUUGAUGAUGGUCCUAACGGACAAAUUGAAUACACCAUUCAGUACAACCCGAAAGAUCCGACCACAAACAGGACUUUCGACAUCCCUCUCACCCUGUCUGGAUCAGUGGUUCUGAGAGAGAGGCUGAAUUAUGAAGAGAUCACACGCUACCUGGUCAUCAUUCAGGCCAAUGACCGAGCUCCAAACCCAAAGGACCGGCUCACCGCCACUACCACGCUCACGGUGGAUGUGUUGGACGGGGAUGACCUGGGCCCAAUGUUUCUGCCUUGCAGCCUGGUAGACAACACCCGUGACUGCAAACCUCUUACGUACCGCGCCAGCAUCCUGGAGCUCACAGAUCCGAGCCGAGUAAACCCUGUCAAUGUGACUCCUCCCAUUCAAGCUGUGGAUCAAGACAGAAACAUCCAGCCUCCGUCAGACCGCCCGGGAAUCCUGCACUCCAUUCUCAUCGGGAAACCUGCGUCAUAUGCAGAGUAUUUCUCCUUGAAUCGGACCACAGCUGAGCUUCAGCUCCUGAAACCCAUCAGCAGGGAACAGUACCAGCAUUUCGACUUGGUAAUCAAGGCAGAGCAGGAUAACGGACACCCUCUUCCGGCGUUCGCUAAUCUCCACAUUGAGGUGCUUGAUGAGAACAAUCAGGCGCCGUAUUUCCAGGUGGCCACUUAUCAUGGAUUCAUCUCGGAGUCUGCUCCGCUGGGCACAACUAUCUCGAGCAAUGCCAAUCUCUCCACCCCCCUCGCCAUUAUCGCCCUGGAUAACGACAUCGAAGAGACGAAAGAUCCCAUGGUGCGCAUCUCUCUGGACAACUACAACAGCAUCUUUGCAGUGACGCCCAGUGGGAUCGCACGCUACCUGACACUACUGAGGCCCGUGGACCAUGAAGAACAGCCGAGUUAUGCCUUCACGAUGACCGCCUCAGAUGGAGUUCAGGAGAGCUCUCCAGUCACAGUUAAUAUCACCGUGAUUGAUGCCAAUGACAACACACCUACCUUCCCCAACGUCUCCUACAGUUUGAAUGUUUACACAGACAUGCAGCCUGGAGACACAAUCUUACAGCUGACAGCAGUGGACGCUGAUGAGGGUCCCAAUGGGUUGGUGAGCUACAAAAUCUUGGCGGGGGAUCAGGGACACUUCACCAUCAAUGACUACACAGGAAUAAUCACGGUGCUGCCCGGUGUCAACCUGACCGUGGGCCGCUCCUACGCCCUCACCGUUAGAGCCACCGACAACGGCCCUGCGUCCCAGAGAAGAAGUUCCAUCACUACGGUGUAUAUCGAAAUACUGCCCCCCAACAACCAGAGUCCUCCCCGUUUCCCUCAGCUCAUAUACAGCCUGGAGGUCAGUGAGGCCAUGAGGACUGGAGGCACGUUGCUCAACAUGCAGGCAACUGACCGUGAAAGAGAUCCCAUUACAUAUACCAUCCUGAGAGGAGAUCCAAACAACGUCUUUGAAGUCUCCCAAAAAUCCGGCCUGUUGUUGCUGGCCAAGACGCUGGACAGAGAAAUCACGGAUCACUACACGCUAACGGUCACGGCCUCCGAUGGCAAACCAGAUGGGACCUCAACCGCUACAGUGAAUAUUGUGGUGACUGAUGUCAAUGAUAAUGACCCUGAGUUCGAUCCUCUGCUGCCCCUUAAUCUCACAGUUCAAGAGGAAGAGGCAAAUGCUUUUGUGGGUCAAGUAAAGGCCACUGAUCUGGACCUGGGUGUUAACGGACAAGUUCGUUACCGACUGGUCAGUCACACAGAUCUCUUCAGGAUCAGCACUGAUGGCAGCAUCUUCACAGCUGUGCCUCUGGACCGUGAGGAACGGGCUCAGUAUGAUUUGGUCGUGCAGGCUUCGGAUGGGGCCAAAGACCCUCGCCGGACCACCGUCACACUCUCCAUCAAAGUGCUGGACGUGGAUGACAACAGCCCAGCCUUCUCCCAGCCUGCGUAUCACGUCACACUGCCAGAAAACAGCCCAGUGGGCAUGAUCAUCCUCAAUAUCAGUGCACUGGACCCCGAUCUGGACGCGAACGUCACGUACCGUAUCAGGACCGAGGAGGCCAGAGAACUGUUUGCUGUGAACCCUCUCACUGGAGAGCUCAAGGUGCUUCACUCACUUGAUUUCGAGAAACUCUUACCGAAUAGGACAACAUGGACCUUUGUGGUGGAGGCUGUCGAUGGCGGAAGUAGCAAAAUGCCUCCAGGGUUGGCCUCCGUUACAGUCACUGUAUUGGACAUGAACGACUUCCCACCAGUGUUCAGUCAAACGCUGUAUCGGGGAAUGGUGGCGCCCAACGCAAUCAAGGGGACCCUAGUGACCACCGUACACGCUGAGGACCUGGACCCACCGGGUACAGCGGCCAGUCGAGUUCACUAUAAAGUGGAUUUGGAGCAGUUUCCUUACAGCACAAGUAUCUUCGACGUGGAAGAGAAUUCUGGCAAUGUUCUCACCAGGGUCAAUCUGAAUGAGGAGCCUAACACUAAAUUCAGUUUGGCAGUUAUUGCCUACGAUGACGGGGAGCCGUUGAAGUCCAAUAAGACUCUAGUGGAGAUUACUGUCCUGCAGCCGUCCAUCAUUCCUGUGUUCACGCAGGAGGAGUACAGGUUCUCUCCGGUCAGCGAAAAUGCCCCCGUGGGAACGGUCGCAGGAGUCAUCUUGGCGGCUGCCAUAAACCAGACCAUCGUCUACUCCAUCAUCGAAGGAAAUGAAGGCGGUGAAUUCGUCAUGAACAACAUCACUGGAGUUAUCAGCACUGCCAAGCCACUGGACUACGAGAGCAACAGCAGUUACAUCCUCCGUGUGGGAGCCGACUCCAUGAGAGUGGUGUCGUCCAACCUACGAGCUCCAUCCAAAAGCAACACAGCAAAGGUCUUUAUCGAUGUGCAAGAUGAGAACGACCAUCCUCCUGAGUUCACUAAGCCUUUUUACCUUGGUGGGGUUGCAGAGGAUGCCAAGACCUUCACCUCUGUUUUACAGGUCCAGGCUGUGGAUAAGGACACAGGGAAUUACAGCGCCAUGCUGUACAGGCUGAUUAUUCCCCCAACUACUGACGGCAAAGACGGCUUUGUUAUUGAGCCCUUCACAGGAGUAAUUAAGACAGCCAUCAUGUACAGAAACAUGCGCCGCUCCUACUUUAAAUUUGACGUGGUUGCUACCGAUGACUACGGGGAGGGACUCAGCAGCAGCGCUCAAGUGGUGGUGUCAGUGGUUAACCAGCUGGACAUGCAGGUGGUCGUAUCCAACGUGCCGCCCACUGUAGUUGAACAGAACAAGGAUCAGCUGAUUGGGAUUUUAGAGCGAUACGUCCAGGACCAGAUACCAGGAGCUAAACUUGUUGUCGAGUCGAUCGGGCCGCGACGUUAUGGUGAGGGUUAUGAACAGGAGGACUACUCAAAAUCUGACCUGAUGGUUUAUGCAAUCGACCCUCUGACCAACAGAGCUCUCUCCAGACAGGAGCUCUUCAAGUUUUUAGAUGGGAAGUUAUUGGACAUCAAUAAGGAGUUCCAGCCCUAUCUGGGACGUGGAGGACGCAUUCUGGAGAUCCGCACGCCGGAUGUGGUGGAGAGCGUAAAGAAGGCGGUACAGUCUGUUGGAUACACCGAAGGAGCCCUGCUGGCCUUGGCCGUCAUCAUCAUCAUGUGCUGUAUCCCAGCCAUCCUCAUCGUCAUUAUCACCUACCGACAAUUCAAAGAACGACAGGCAGAGUGUGCAAAAACAGCCAGAAUCCAAAUGGCGCUUCCCACUGGAAAAUCUGGGGGUGCUGCCACCAACAACCUGUAUGAAGAACUCGGCGACAGCACCAUGAGAGGCUACGGGCAUCAGGAGCAACAGCAGUUGCUUCGGCCUUCUCUCUUAAGACCAGAGGAACUCUCUAUGGAGUCUGGUAUCGACCCAGGACAGGACUAUUAUACACAGGAUUACUAUAAUUAUGACCAUGGUUAUGACUUGCCUCAGUAUGGGAGUCGUCGGAAGCUGAUCUCUCCAGCAGGGAUGUAUGAUGAAUAUGGAGAGGUGAUUAUGGAAGAUGAUGGCAGCUACUACUACAGCCCUCACGAAUCUGAGGGAGAGGUUGCGAGGCAAGGCAGAAGGCCAGCUCCCUCUCCAGGCAAGGCUCCACCACGAAGGCCCCCUAGACUAGCUUUUGGAGACCAACCUUCAAGGAUUGAACAACACCUGCCUGGACCAGUUGAAGGCAGCACACACCCUUACAGCUCAAAGGCUGAAACUUUACUCAAAGCACCUAUAAAACUCGGCCAAAUGUUUGACAGAAGAUCCGGCCCAGCUCCAACUCCUUUCCACCUUCCGUGGAAGAACAACAGAAUAUUUCCCAUCGUAGCUCCUGAGGAGAAAGGAGGAAGUACUGAUGAUCCCAAAGCAUUCACAACACAACUUUCAAACACUGUGGAGAAUGGCAUGGUCAUUAAUGGCAGCUAUUUUCAGACUAAAGAAGCCAUGCCUUCAGCAAAGACAAGACUUGGCAAUGUUUUGAGUCAGUUGAAUGUCUUUAAAACAUUGCAGACUCAGAAGAACACUGUUAGCAGCAUUAGCGGGACUGUAGAUCAUGGAAGUAAUAGAAGCACCCCGUUCUUUUGGUCACACGGUGAGUCACAGAGGGAAUCUCAGAGAAUCCCUGGUGGUGGUGUGGAAAGUGAGCAAGAAAGAGGUAGGAGUAGGGAAGAUAUCAUUCAACAGUCUUACACUGGAAGUGCCAUGUCAUUCACACCUUUCCAUCCAUACAGACUCCAAGAAGGUGCACAUAUGAGUAGUUUAGACUCUGAUGAGGAUCAAGACCAGAGUCCUCUUGAUUCAGACAGGGAGAGCCAAACAAAAACUCAGCUAGAUGACACUGAAAUAGAGUCAAAGACUGAAUCAGAUUCAUACCGAGAAACAGAGACAGAACAAGAGUCAGACACAGACAGAACGUCGGAGACAGAGAACGAGUCAAGCUCGGAGGAAGGUAGCAGUGGAAAAGAAAGUGUCAAAUCGGAGGAUAGAGGAACAGUAUCAUCUGUCAGAUCUUCUCAGUCCAGACACAGCAGAAAAACAUCUCCAAGAUCAGUAACCUCCACCUACAAGAGAAAGAGCAGCAGAUCAACUUCAGAACCUGCAACUACGUCCUCCCACAUGAAAGCAUUAGAAGAGACAAUCCUAAAGGAGGAUGAGGACGAUAAGGAAGGCGAGCGGCAGAUGGAAGAAGGCCGAAGGUCCUCUAGGUCUAAAAGCAGUAAUUCUCUGGAGAGAAGACGUGAUUCAACCUUCCACAGCAUGAACAGAUUCUCUAUGACGAGCAGUAGUGCAGCAAAGGCUUUCGAGGUCGACAAACUCUCUCCUAUAGAUGAGAAUGAAGAAAGGGAAAUGACUUCAGAAAGAGGUGGUAGCCCAGGUGAUAGUUCGAGCUCUUCGGAUGGAGCAAGAAACCGUAAAGUGGACGGGGAGGAUGAGGAGUCUAAUUCGGAUGCAACUGAGACCGUCGGUGCCUCCUGAAUUAUAUUCUGAUAUUUUCAGUA